CACAUAUUUAGCUGAUUCUGCUCUGGUGUAAACUUGGUGAUUGAUGAGUGUUGAAAGUGUGUGUACAUACAUUUGUCAAUAAUAAAUAGCAAGGCCUCGUUCUCGCCUUCCGCCCUUGAGCCUCCGUCCGCAUCUGUCUUUCUCUAUCUUUACAUCUAUAUAAUACUCUCUGUCUGUCUGUCUUUCUGUCGCUCGCUUUGUUUUCUUUUUUUCUUUUUAUUCUUCAUCUCUCUCCUUUUCCUCAUCUUCACCCUCGUUUCCUCCAAUUCCCUUCUGUCUUGUCCCACCCUCUUUGCGUUCUUCGUUUUUGUCUGUUGUCCAGCCCUUUUCUCGUUUGAGGCUGUUCCGCUCUCUACCACCCACCUGCACAUCGGACAACAAUCUGAUGAUUGCGACUUGGAGUGGCUACGGAGGAGGUUCACUGUUGUGUGUUCUGGUUGUCUCAGGUCUACUUUGCCCGGAGUCCUCCAUGAUAACAACAUUCGUUCCCUAUAUCACCCAAUCCUAACUCGUUCUUGUCCGGGCCCAAAACCAUUGGCUGUGUCAGAGCUUUCCCCAGGGCCUCAAACCAUACUGGCUUUCCUCCAUUGAGUCUGUGUCGUCGGAAGAUGACACCCUCCAUGCCACUAUGGCCUGCGGCCAUCUUGAUAAUGGCCAUGCUGCACUUCCCUGCAGCCCAUGCUCUUCCUUGUCGGUCGAAUUAUCAAUGUGUUGUGGAUGUCGACCAAGCUGACAACCUCUCCUUUUCCCCCAUAACUCAGGUACCAACAGCAACUGUAGUAGCACACGGCGAUACUACCGGGAUAUAUUUCACCCAAAUGGAAAGUGACGUUCGCUCAUACAGCCAACCUUUUCCAACAGAUAUCUCUUACAUCGUGUUUGAAGACCAUAUUGGACUGCUUCAUCCAGGCGUUCCGCACCUAGAUAGCGUCCCAUCUGCAGUUCUCUCGUCCAACUCAAAUUGCUAUUACAAAGGACAUCUGUGUCCAGGCCUUCCUCACGUGGAAGAGACUCGGAUCGCAAAUUGGCUCCUUUCCCCGAGCACAGCUUCUUUGAACGCAGAUAUUUCGAUCGGUAUAACAAUACCUCCACCUCCCCCAUUCCUGGAGUCUUCUACCGCUAGCUGCUCCCCGCCAUACCCGAUAACAAGCUCAAAAUCAAGUUCUCUUGCGCCAAUUGUACCUUCCCCGAGUUCCUCAACGCCAACAGCGACACCCUCCCCUAAACUGCCCUCAAUGUCAGGCCAGAACAUAUUCGAACCGAUUAGCAGGGAUCAAAUCCCGCAGAAUAUUCCUUCAAGAGAUGAUCAUCCUCUUAAACGGGAUAAUAUCUCAGAUACGCCAGGGCCAGUAUCUACGAACAAGUUUUAUGCAAACUUCUUCAUUGGUUCCCAGGCAAACUACGGGUUUGUCCAACCGUACGCAGUCGGGUGGGCUAAGGGAACUGGUUCUGUAAAAAGUUACGGCCUCACUAUAUCCCAUACGGAAGCCAAUCAGCUCGCCUUUGGCCCCAAAAACCCAAAGAUUCCUGGUGAACCCGUCCAAUUCUAUAUUAAUCCAAUUGGAAUUCAAUCCAUGAUUUUGUCUGCAGCUGAAAUAGGAAGCUCUACCGUUUUAACUGUUUCGAAACCUCUGGCGUUCUCGGCAGAAAUUAUUCUCCGCCCCAACCGUGACUCGGACUCUAACAUUACUUUCCCUCUGGUUCAAGGCAUGGGAUAUGUGACUGGUGUCUACAAGGACUUACAGCCCGCGAUUCAAAGUAGCGUGUUUUUCCGCCAACUUGAAUCUGCACCUUCUCCAAAACUAGGUAUAUUUAAAUAUAAGGUCAUUUUGGAGGAUAACACAAAUUGGUUGAUAUACGUAACGCCAGCAGACGGUGCUGAUCCAAGACUGAAGUUGGAAAACAACGGCCUUAUCAAUGGACCAGCUGGAUUCAGCGGUACGAUCCAGGUUGCCAAAAAUCCCAAUGGCGGGCCAGGGGAGACGAUUUUUGAUGGGUCUGCGGGGGUGUAUCCUAUGGCAGGCAAUAUCACAGGUUCUGUCGUCGCCCAAGACGCGACUGGGACUUACAGGUUAGCCUGGGAGAAGGGUGGGAAGGAUGUUGACAGCACCCCGUUGUUAAUGUUCGCCUUGCCUCACCACGUUCAAUCCUUUGACAGUGAAACCCAAGGCAGGAAGGUAGAUCUGGUUCUGCGAACGACCACCAAGGGAAUAGCUACGGCUGUUGUAGCAGAUUUAUGGACUAUGGUCGAGACUGAUCUUCCUAUAGACAUGGGAUUUGCCCCCUGGAACCCGGCUGGAACUAGCGCUACCCUCUCAAGGCCUGCGAAGCAAAUGGUUAAAGAUAUAGCUCCAAAUGAGCUCUCCCAAGACAUACAUCAGCAAACGAACCUGAAUAGUAUGUACUUUAGCGGGAAGGCUUUUGGGAAGUUUGCUAUGGUGGUGUAUGCUGUCCGCGAAUUAGCACAGGAUGUCCCUCUCUCGGAAUCCGCCUUUGACACGUUGAAGGACGCUUUCGCAACGUUUGUUAAUAACGAACAGCAAUGGCCGCUUGUUUAUGAUAAUGUGUGGAAGGGGAUUGUCUCUUCUGGGACUUACGAGACAGGAGACCCGGGGCUCGAUUUUGGAAAUACUUUCUAUAACGACCAUCAUUUCCAUUACGGUUAUUUUAUCCUCUCUGCUGCCAUAAUUGGGAGCCUUGAUCCAUCCUGGAUAGAUGCGAAUAAGGCCUGGGUAAAUGCCCUCGUCCGCGAUGCUGCCAAUUCAGUGUCAGACGAUCCAUUUGUUUCCGUUUUUCCAGAGGAUUUGACUGAUGUGAGGCAAGGUGUCAAGGACCCAAGUAUGGAAGCCCGUGGCAAUAUGAUGCUGGCCAUUCUUGCACGCUCGUUAAACAAUUAUUUCUUGAUGAAGUCCGAUAACGUCAAUCAACCACCGAAUUUCAUCGGCAAUAAAGUCACUGGAAUUCUUUUUGAGAACAAGGCCGAUCAUACGACAUAUUUUGGCCCUAAUCUCGAAUACAUCCAAGGAAUUCAUAUGCUUCCCAUCAUUCCGAGUUCGGCCUACACCCGCCAUAAGGAUUUUGUGAGAGAGGAAUGGGACGCCAUGUUCUCAGAUAGGGCCUCUACACCCGCAAGCAAAGUUCAGGGUGGUUGGCAAGGUGUCUUAUACUCUAAUUUGGCUCUCAUUGAUCCGGACGCCUCGUGGAAUUUCUUCGCGCAGGAACCCUUUGAUCUCGGGAAGAUUGACGGGGGAGCUUCUCGAACGUGGUAUCUCGCAUACGCCGCAGGUUUGGGAGGCGGUCCACAUUAA